AAUAAUAUAAAAUAUUGAAGAUACGCCAUGUUGUUGGUAUAAAUACUAUUGGAGCACUGUUAUCUUCUUUGAGGAAAGCAAAUUUGUAAUUGACCGUUGAACAGCAGCCGCAAUAAUUUGCUGAUAAAAUUAAAGGACCCCCGACAAAGGAGCAGCAUUUACAGCCCACGCAGAGAGCGCAGAAAAAAUCGCGAGUCGUAACCGAUUCGAGUCAACAAAUACUUGUGCAGAGAUGCCAAAGUACUAUUGCGACUACUGCGAUACUUAUCUGACGCAUGACUCUCCUAGCGUAAGGAAAACCCACUGCCAAGGCCGAAAGCACAAGGACAAUGUUAAGUACUUUUACCAAAAGUGGAUGGAGGAGCAGGCCCAGCACCUGAUCGAUGCAACAACUGCAGCUUUCAAGGCUGGAAAGAUAGCGUCUAACCCUUUCGCAGCCAACAAGGGCGCUGCCAUUCCACCACCCCCAAGUCUCGGCCCGAGACCCGGAGUUCCGCCGCAGGGUCCACCAAAUAUGAUGCAUCCUCCAGGAAUGCACGGAGGUCCGAUGGGACCUGGUGGUCCGAUGAUGAUGGGACCCCAUGGGCCAAUGGGACCUAUGAUGGGAAUGAGACCGCCUAUGAUGGGGCCCAUGGGUCCAAUGGGACCAAUGAUGGGACCCAUGGGACCUAUGGGACCCAUGAGACCGCCAAUGAAUGGACCACCACCACCGAUGGGAGGACCACCGCAGAUGAAGACAUGAAAAUGAUAGCAAUAGUUGAACAGUUUGAUGUUCGGAGACGAAAAAAAAAGGACUCUUUUCGCUGUGCAUCGCAUUUUGUUUCAUUCUUUUCUUGAAUUCUUUUUCUCAUACUUUCUUCUCGGAGUACAGAUUAUUCUGUAGAGAUCAAAUAUCCGAACAGACUAGGAACAAUUCCAAAUUCCUGUAUAUUUCUUUCUUAUGAGGCGACACUGUGCAAAUUAGAUCUUAAGACAUCGCUAGUUUUUUUAUGUCAACUAUGGAUAGUGAUUAUUAUUAAUAUAUUGACAUUAAUAUUGUAAUUACUACUACAUAGAUAUUAUGCAGAGUUCGUGGACAGUGGAAAUUGUGCGGAAUGAACAAUAAAUUGAACCGUGCAUUA